CGACUCGCAGCGGGCUGCGGGGAACUCCCCCCCGGCCGCUGCGCGGACUGCGGGGCUCUCCCGAGUGCCGACCGAGCGGGCGCCCAGGUCCGGCGAGCGACCAGCAGCCAGUAGGGGGCGCUCGCCUCGUGCGCCGUCCCGCCCUCCGCGCCUCCUCCUGCGCCCCCGCCGGCCGGUGAGCGCCCGGGACAGACUGACUUCCGCGUCCCGCCGCCGGCCGCCGCCAUCGGACAAUGGGCCGCACGCCGCGGCUGCCGUGAGCUCCCGCCGGCUCGCCCCGACCUCAGCUGCCGCCUGGGGAAGCAGCGCACCCCCGCCGCCCGGUGCUCCUCUAGACCCGGACCCGGGUGGCAGACCGGCUGGUGCCCCGCGGGCUUCCAAGACCGGCUACCCAAGGUGGAUGUGAAUUUUUUUUUUUUCCCUACUCAAAUGUCUCCAGCUUCUUUUCGUUUAUCUCUUUCUGGGUUUAUGACUUGGAGAAGAGCACAGAACUUUCCAGAGCAGGCUGGGUAUAGCUGAAGGCCUCUCUGCCCCGCACGUGGACGCUCCCCAGGGGAAAAGAAGUUUGGAAGUCAACUUGGCUGGCCUGGAGGCCUCAACUUUGUCCCGACUGCAAGUUUUGGAGUCAUGACCUUCGCGCUGGGCAGGUGGGAGUCUUUACCUGUCCUGGGCUGGACUUGAGCCCCGGCCGACACCAGUAUCUGCACACCCCACUUACACCUGGCACCAGGAGUAGGCCCGGGACACCGAUCUGCAACAUGGAUAAAUAUGACGACCUGGGCCUGGAGGCCAGCAAGUUCAUCGAGGACCUGAACAUGUAUGAGGCCUCCAAGGAUGGGCUGUUUCGGGUGGACAAGGGUGCAGGCAACAACCCUGAAUUUGAGGAAACUCGAAGGGUGUUUGCGACCAAGAUGGCCAAAAUCCAUCUCCAGCAGCAGCAGCAGCAGCUCCUGCAGGAGGAGGCCCUGCCCAGGGAGGGCAGAGGGCGGAUCAAUGGUGGGAGCCGCCAGGGCAUGAACAGCAAGUUGACUGCAGAUGGUGCUGCCAAGCCCCCUCUCGCAGCCCCAACAGUGGCUCCUGGAGUAGCUGCCACCACUGCGGCUGUGCAUCCCUCAUACCCACCCCAGGAGCAGAGGACCAGGCCUUCUGUCCAUAGCACAAGGCCUAGCAGCCAGGACUGUGGGUCCAGGGAGGGGCCUGUGAAUUCCCAGAGGUCUGUUUUCCAGGGUCCUGGCCCCUGUGAAGACCCUUCCUGCCUUACUCAUGGAGACUAUUACGACAACUUCUCUUUGGCAAGCCCACAGUGGGGCAACAGGCCAGAAGUGCCCCCCAGCAUGGAUCUGAGUGUAGGGAGUGAGUGGCCUGGCCGCUCAGGGAGUGAUCCCCCAUUGCCCAGACACUGUGGGGACCAUCACCCUUACCAGCCACAGUUCUCAAUGAACUCUGGUAGGUCUUUUGAAAGAGGCUUCAGUGGCCAGGAUGGUGGCAUUGGUGGCUGUAAUAGUGAGAAGCCAGCAGGCCUUUGGUCCACUGCCUCCUCCCAGAGAGUGAACCCGGGCUUUUCUUUCCUGGGCUUGGAGAAUGGGACCCCAGCUCAACCCAGGAGCACCACUGUUUCAGGACAUCUGGACCCCGGUAACACCAGCCAAGGAGCUCGCCCACGAACAGACCUAAGGCUGGGGUGUGAGACUUCAGGAAGGGUCUCUAAACCCACUAUGGACCCUCAGCCUUGGCUCCAGGAUGGACCCAAGUCUUACCUUUCUAUUUCUGCUCCUUUAUCCUCUCCAGCUGACAAGGAAAGUGCCCAGCCAGGUAUGACUUCUGGGCUGGGUCCUAAGCCCAGCUGCAUGGACCCUGGCACUGGUCCCAAGCCCAGCCCCACCAGUCUUGUCCAUCCGGUGAUGUCCACUCCAUCUGAGUUAUCUUCUAAAGAGAGUCCUACCAGCUGGUCCCCUGACAGUAGCCUGGGACCAGUGCUCCCAGAGAGUCCCAGCUCCUCCAAGGUGAGAUUGCCCUGUCAGACCCUUGUUCCUGGCCCUGAACUUGGACCCUCUGCUGCAGAGUUGAAAUUAGAAGCCCUCACCCAGCGUCUGGAACGAGAAAUGGAUGCUCACCCCAAAGCUGACUAUUUUGGAGCCUGUGUGAAAUGCAGCAAAGGGGUGUUUGGAGCUGGCCAGGCCUGCCAGGCCAUGGGGGACCUCUAUCACGAUGCGUGCUUCACCUGUGCAGCCUGCAGCCGGAAACUGAGAGGAAAAGCCUUCUAUUUUGUCAAUGGCAAAGUGUUCUGUGAGGAAGACUUUCUGUACUCUGGCUUCCAGCAGUCUGCAGACAGGUGCUUUCUUUGUGGACAUCUGAUCAUGGACAUGAUCCUGCAGGCCCUGGGGAAGUCCUACCACCCUGGCUGUUUCCGCUGCGUCAUCUGUAAUGAGUGUCUGGAUGGGGUGCCUUUCACAGUGGACUCAGAAAACAAGAUUUACUGUGUCAGAGAUUACCACAAGGUGCUGGCCCCCAAGUGUGCGGCCUGUGGGCUUCCUAUCCUUCCACCGGAGGGCUCAGAUGAGACCAUCCGCGUAGUGUCCAUGGACAGGGACUACCAUGUGGAGUGCUACCGCUGUGAGGACUGUGGUCUGGAGCUCAAUGACGAGGAUGGUCACCGCUGCUACCCACUGGAUGACCACCUGUUCUGUCACUCCUGCCACAUCAAGAGGCUGGAGAAAGGCCCCUUGCCAGCAGCCCUCCACCAGCACCACUUCUAGGCAGAUUCACAGUGGGGAUGCAGGGCCAGGGUUGCCCAGGGAGGUGCCUGCCUGACAUUGCUGGUGGCUGCUGGAACUGGGGCAGAGGAAGAGGAGGGCAAGUGUGAGGGGUGCCUUUCUUUUAACCAAGGUGGUGUGCACUUCCAGUGUAGUCUUUCCUACUCUUUCCCCCAUUGCCACACCCUCUCAGGUUACUCAGGAAGAUGCUCCAGCUUGUGCAUGGCACAUGACACAAGAUUGGUUCAGUGUAACUGGAGGCACCAACUCCCUGGAAAUGGUUCAUAUUUCACAGGGACAGGUUUUUGGAGUGGUCUGCAUUGAGCAUAUUUCACAGUGGCCCCUGAAGAGAAGCAGUAGUGGAGAUGGGCAGCACUUCCCUCCCCUCCCUGCACUCAGGCACCCCUCACAUGCACCCCAUGGCAUGACAACAGUUCUUUCCACUUCAGAACUUGGGGUCUUCUCAGAAUGGCAGCAUUCUAACUACGUCAUGGCAAGAAAGAAGCAUGGCGCAUACUUUGUACCCUAAGAGGAGUUUGCUUAGUAAACCAGAGCCAAGCUUAGAAGUUUGGGAGGCUGGGUCCCCCCAUUGUGCCCUGAUGGCCCGUCAUGUGCCCCUGCCUUUCCUCCUUAUGCCCCUAAGGCAGCUGGGCCAUGGCCAAGGCCUGCCCUGCCCAGCACAGCCAGCUUUGGGAGAACUGGUGCAGGCACCAGGACCCUUGCCUGUUGCUCAGCGCCGUUUUCUGCAUUACUCCCUCCGGUCUGUGACUUUGGAGUGGCUUCCUCAAGGCAAGUCUUGGGCUCCCUUGUGAGGACAUCCCAGGUGCCUGUUUCAGCUUAUUCACCCAUGAGCUUUGGGAAAUCCACCCCACAUCCCGGGAGAGAGCUCCUUCUGACAGAGUUUUUUGUGUGAGAGAGCUAAGGCUAGCCCCAGAGGGAGCAUCUGAGGACAUUACCGAGCUCUUUUCAGAGGUUUCUCUCAUGCCCACUGCUCGGGACAGGCAUUUGGUUUGAAGAAACCAGUAUAAGGUACACUGCUUUUGUCUGUUUUUCAUUGUUUCUCUCCACUUUUUUUCCACACACAAAACAUACCUCACAGAUAAGAGUUUCACCAAAUCACAGGUCAAGGAGGAAUUCAUAUUCAGCUAUCACACUGGAGACCAUUGGUGUGUUAGCAAUGUUACCAUUGAUGUGUUAGAGUGGGCUAGCUUCCCACUCUAGACUGCACUGGGCAGUAUGGUCACAAUGCAAGGUCAGCUGCCACUAGAUGAAAUGGGCACUCUGGUCUCAAAAGUCUAGGUACACUGGCUCCAGGGGUGGUCAGGGUUAAGGGAGAAACCACAUGCUGACAAGACCACCUCUGAGCCAUGUGUGUGAGGCAUGCCUGUAAUUGAAACACUUGGGAGGCCAAGGCCUGUGGAUUAGGAGUUCAAGACCAUUCUCAACCACAUGAGACUUUGACAACGAGAACCCACCUCUGUGCCAAAGAACAAGAUUGACUCUGUGUAUCACAGUCCUGAGGCCAGAGACCAGUAUCUCCUUACUAGUUCAAAUAGAAGAAGCUGGGGGAAAAAUACACAAAACAGACAGAUUGACAUUUGCCCUCUUAAUCUGCAGGGAGGGGCUAUUACCUGUCACUUCUGCCAGUUAGCCUGGGCACCCUGCAGCUGGUGUGGGCGACAGAGCAUGGUCAGUGGAGCCCCUGCACAUGUGAAUGUGGACUCUUCGCUGGGCCCCGGCUCCACCUCUAGGCCAUUUCAACUCAGCUGGCCUUCAUUGCCUGUGAGUUUAGAACUGGCACUGUGGAGCAUCUUUUCAGUUUUUAUAAAAUUCAUUCUGUUGGAUUGCUUUGGCCAGAUAUUACUUCCUUGAGUUCUGUUUUAGACUGAGUCUCCUUUUAAAACCUAUGAAUGUGUGAGGCUGGGGAAACAGACCCUGAGGCCAGGCCCCUCUCUUCCCUUCAAGGUAGCUCAGCUUUGGCAAGGCAGGCAGGGAAAGGAAAACAGUCCAAUGUCUUUGCCUAACCUGGAGUGCUGGCCUGGUUAAUACAUCUUUGCUCCACUUCUGAGUCAAGCUGAGUGAAGAAAAUUGGAACCAAUGUCAGGAGUAGAGGAGAGUUGUUUGAAAAUUGAAUAAUUAGUUGAAAACUCUAUGAUUAAUUUUUUGAAUGAAAUUCCUGAUUGAGGUGAUUCAGAUGUGUUUGCAAAUAUUACAUU